CCGUAGCACUCGGGUCUACGAGAACUCCACAAAUAAUAAUCGCGUCACGUUUCUUUAAUAGAAACACCGUAACUCUAAAGAAUAUGGACUUUAAAUCUCUAAACUUAAGUUAAUUGAUCUUUUAGUGCAAGAAAUUCUAGUAAUUGUAUAUGUGACUGGAUUAUAUAGCAACAGAUAUUAGAGUAAUGAAAAAAAAUGAAAAUAAAAGUACAGAGCAACUACAGUAACUUACCAAAGGCAUCACGCCUGGACAUGAUGAAAUUGCCGAACAUGAAAUAGGUUGUGCUGGUGGCAGAUGUAAAUUGAUUAACUAUGGACCGGAAAUUAGUGUGCGUGCUGACCGCAGCGCUGGCGCUGCAAAUAAUUGGUGCUUCGAAGCUGAUGUGUCCAAGUGACCCUAACUGCGUUUGCGGCGGCACGCUCGCUGUCGAACUCGAUUGCAAUAUCGACGGUCGAAUAGUAAAAAUUAACCUACUACCAAAUACUUAUAUAAAUAUUCAAUGUGAGAACAUUACUAGUCUCGACUAUAUGAAGUUACCUAAAUGUGCCAAUGAUAUGAAUUCAUUCAAGUCAGUCAGUUUUAAAGACUGCCCGUUACCUAUAUCUUCAUUUAAAGAUGUGUUAACUAACAUGGGUAUAUCCAAGACAAUGGCGUUAAUUUUCCAGAAUGCAAAAAAUCUAUCUGGAUACUUUGUUAGAAAACAUUUUGAGGGAUUACAAGAUCUAACAAAAUUAUUAUUAUCAUUUACUGGAAUAUCGGAAUUACCAGACAAUCUGUUCAUGGAUGUAAAUAAGCUUACAUGGUUAAAUAUAAGAUCGAACGGAAUUAAUCUUUCUGAAGAGUUAUUUAAACCUCUUGAAAGGUUAGAGACUCUUGAAAUUAGUCAUAAUCACAUGACUAAUAUUACUUCAAACUUAUUUUCCCAUUUGACAUUCUUGAGGAAGCUUUCAUUAUGGCAAAAUAACGUUACCUGGUUCUCUAAGGAUUUAUUUACUGGAGUUGAUGUAUUAGAAGAAUUAGAUUUAAGUUCAAAUGGACUCAACGAACUUCCGGGGUCGAUAUUCAAGCCCCUGAAGAAAUUGAAGAAACUGACAUUAUUCUCGAAUAAGUUCUCAACAUUGCCACAGAAUUUGUUCAAAUACAAUAACGAGUUGGAAACAGUCGUUAUUCUGAACAAUGACGUAAAGCUAAAAGAGCUUCCAAAGUAUUUAUUUGGAAACUUACAGAAUUUAACACAAAUAUACAUACAAAGAUGUGGACUAGAAGUAUUACCGUAUGACGUUUUUGCAAAUUCAUCGCAAAUCACAAACAUAUCAUUAGCUUAUAAUGACAUCACGGGCCUUCCUGAAUCAAUCUUCAAUGAUCAAAUUAACUUACUAGAUUUAGACUUGAGUCAUAAUAAACUUGAAUCUUUAGAACCAAAGAUUUUUUCAUCACUUGUUAGAUUGGAGAGACUCGAUUUAUGCCACAAUUCAAUAGUAGAAAUUGAUGGAUUUACAUUUUCGUCUCUACUGAGCUUAAUACAUCUAAAUAUGGAGAAUAAUAAACUAAAAAUAAUUUCAUCCUAUAUGUUCAGUAACAAUAAACAAAGAAUGUCAAUAUCGCUGGCAUAUAAUCAUUUAGAUUUUGAAACUAAGGAUCUGAAACAUAAUACAUGGAUUUUGAAUAGAGAAUCGCCUUUUGCUCAUACAUAUAAUUUAAGAUUGUUGAAUUUAAGUCACAAUGAACUGAAAAGUGUUUUUACUGAUUGGUGGAUAAAUGGUCAUGAAAUCUUGGAUAUUAGUUCUAACGGUCUUAAAAAGUUAUGGGAUGAUGAAAUAUCAAGCACAGUUAUAAAUUCUAAAAACAAAUACAAUAACUUACUUAAAAAACCUAUAAAAGAAGUAUGGAUUGCUCACAACCCAUUGGACUGCGAAUGUAGAAAUUUUCAUUUUAUUGAUUUCAUACAAGACAAUUCCAAAGUAAAGAUACCAGAUUUGAAAGACUUCAAAUGUCCAUUAUGGUCCAAGGAAUCGUGUUACAUGAGAUUUAUAGUAUUCGUUGCACUUAUUCUUAGCUUAAUAUCGCUGUACACAGUUGUGAUAAUUUUAUUUAUUACCUACAGAAAACAAUGUAAUAAACUCAUAAAGAAGAAAUUAUGUGAUAAGAAAAAUAAUGAAACACCCAAGCCGCCAAAUGAAAAUUUAAUAGCGAACGACAACUACAAAAACAUCAUCGUAAAGUAUUCUAAAGAUGACGAAGAAUUCGUUUUAAGGGAAAUAGUACCAGGUUUGAGAUGUCACAACAUGAAGUUGCAUAUGAAUCCAAUUAAGUUUCCGAAUAAUACAAAUAAUUUUCUCAGGAUUCUAUAUAUGUGCGUCAAAGAUACACAUAAAUAUUCAACUCUAGUAGUAUUUUCUCCAAACUACUUAAUGUCAACUUACAGUCACGUCAACAUAAAGAAAAUUCAUGGGGAAAUGUUGAAAGCGGAAAACACAUUUUAUGUUUUCGUAGAUAUUGGCCCAGAAAACUCGGUAUACUCAUUCUUGAAAACCAGACGCGACGACCGAACAUCGGUCGUGUGGAGUCAAGUCGAUUUUUGGAAAAAAAUUCUGGGCAUGCUUAGCGCAGAUAGCAAGAGAAAGGUUAACGUUAAUGCAGCCACGAAGAAGAUUAUUAGUACGAGAAUAAAGUCUAAAAUGUGCAAAUUAGGCAAGAAUAAAUUGCCGUCAAAUAUUUCCAUUUCCAGAUUACCUGACAGGUCCCUUCAUUACAAUAUUAAUCCAUAUUCGCACAGUCAUGUUUAAUCACAUUCUACAUCUUUAAUUUAGUGAGGCAAAGACUGACUUCUCACCCGCGAUAAGUUGUAGUAAAAAUCUCAUUUCAAUUCCUUUAUAUACUUCACCAUUAUUUCUUUUAUUAUUUCUAGCUGGUGUUCUUAGAUAGAUACGAAAAAAAAUAUGUUUAAAUUGUCAUAAGGUUUGAGAUGCAACUUGUAAAAUUUUUACUUAUAAAUUUUAUCGUGUAAAAAAUUAGGUUAAGUUAAGGAUAUUUCAUUGUUUGUAUAAAUAGUAGUUAACAUUUUAUGUAAUUCGUUGUUCUGUGGGUAAACAUACAUAUUUGAGGAUCUGAACUUCAAAGAAGUCUAUAUAACAUAAUAGAUGAUGUAACCAAUUAUAUAAUCCCCUUCUGUUAUUUAUAUGUACAUACUAUUCUUAAACUAUUAACGCAAAAUUACAAACCAAUUAAGUUUCAUGGAAACUGCAUGUUGUUAAGAGUUGUAAACCGCAGCUUAUAA